AUGUCCCAGCAUAAUGACCCUGACAGCAGCGACUACGGAUCUGACUUCACUCCGGAUGAGGAAGUGCUAAUUAACCAGUUACUUACACAAGUGGCUACGGAGCACGCGCCCGCCGAGUCCGCCACCCCAACGAGUUCCUCCACGCCCAGAGCAACCCCUGUCUUUGCGACCGCGAAUAAUUUAACCCCGACAAUAGCGGCUGACACUGCGCUUACUGGAUCUUUACAGCCUGCGUCUUUCGCGGCUAUUGUUCCGGAUAUUGAAGAUGGUAUUGAGCCACCAGCUGCCAGGUUGCCUAAGGUACUGGGUCGGGAAAAGCCUCGUUCACCGUGGAAGCAAUACACUCGUCAGACAUGGACGGAAGUCUCAUCUGCGCGCACUGGAUUGGCGGGGGAACAACCCAGGGCGCAAUCAACAGUGCCCUUGCGUCUGCGUUUAGUUGAAGACGCUAAUUCAACAGAAGGUCGGCAAAGAGAGCGAGAACGCGUCGCGGCGCGUGAACAAGAAUGGACACAGCAUGAGCAACUGCUGCCGACCUUGGAUCCUCGGUCCCCCGUUGAGCGAUUCCGAAGACCUCCUCACAAAGCUUUCUCUGUUACGGAUCUGAUUUCACCUGCUUGGUGCGAGCUACAAUAUUGGUAUACCUUGACAAAACAUGGGAGAAAACGGAGGACCCCGGCCAUGAAGACUGGUAGCGUCGUGCAUAAGAGCCUCGAGGAUCAGAUAUACACUACUGUUCCUGUGGAGAUUACCACCAAGGAGGAUGCAUGGGCUCUACGGAUAUGGAACGUGAUUCAGGGAUUGCGAAUGUUGCGCCAAUAUGGAAUCACGCGCGAACUUGAAGUUUGGGGACUUAUUGAUGGGGAGUUGGUCAAUGGAGUCAUUGAUCAGCUUUCCUAUGAAUGUCCGGAUUCAGAGCUUGAAGCCACGGCUGCGAAAUUCUAUGAAGAUGCGGUGGCGUCGAGAGCUGCUUUACCGGAGUACCAGAUGUCGCUCUCCGAUUUCUUAUUAUCUUCAUCCCAGGGUGGGCGACGACUUUCAGAUCUAGGACAGACUGAUUCGAUGGAUUUGGGUGGAGCGGUAGAUCCUGCACCUACACAGGAAACUUCACCAGCUGCGUAUGACCUCCCACGAAUUUACAUGACAGAUGUGAAAACGAGAGGUAGUCGUUCUAUCCCAACAGUGAAGAGCACAUCAUUUCGGCCCACUUCUCUCCAGCUGCAGCUUUAUUACCAUAUGCUCAGCCGCCUUUUGACGAGUGAUGAUGUGACAAUCGAUCUCCUCGCAGAAAGGUAUUUGCUUGACCCUGAAAAGCCAUUCACCGACGCCUUCAUUAUGGAAGUUGGAGGUCUUAACGAUGAAUUUUUUGAUGCCCUUUCCUCUCAAGAAUUCGAUCUUGAUGAUCCGCCAACACCAGAAGAUGUACGGAGGAUCUCGCAUGGUUCUGGUUCUGGCUCAUCCAGUCCACCACGAGCAAGUCAAGACUCAACAAGUAUCUUGUUGACUCACGGAAACUUGUCCAAGCUAUGGGCCUACAUGAAAGAGCAACUCCGAUACACCUUCAUGCCAAAUAUCCCAGAAACAAGGUCCAUCGCACCAUCUAUUCCACAUCAUACUCAACCCGAGCUGCUACAGGAGUAUCCUACUCUACUCUCACCUGUGCUCACAGCGCGGUUUCUAUCCUCAGCUGCCACAGAUAACCUCGAGUCACGACUAUUGGGAAGCCGAUCUUUCCUAUUUGAUCCUAAUAACAUGAACGCAUAUAUUACUGAACAAAUGGAGUGGUGGCGCGGUCAGCGUGAUCCUAACGGAGUGGGUAUCGCAGAAGCGUGGAAAUGCCGGAUUUGCGAAUUUCGAGAUGAAUGUACAUGGCGCCAAGGACAUGAAUGGGCUCUCGCAAGACGUAAUCAAAGACGGAGCACCAGUGCCUCUGCAACUACUUGA